UGGGCGCGCGCGGUGCACGCUGGGAUUGUCGCCCCGCCGCCGCCAUUUUGUCAGUCCCACAGACCGACGGCCCUUUUGUCUGUGUCGGACCCCACUCGCUCGUCUUCGGGCUCUCCCUCCGACAAAGCAACUUGCGUGAAAGCUCUUCGAAAUGGCUCGUACAAAGCAGACAGCUCGCAAAUCCACUGGAGGCAAGGCCCCCCGGAAGCAGCUUGCGACCAAAGCCGCCCGCAAGAGCGCGCCUUCCACUGGUGGAGUCAAGAAACCACAUCGUUACAGGCCUGGGACUGUGGCUUUGCGUGAAAUCCGGCGAUACCAGAAGUCCACAGAGUUGCUGAUCAGGAAGCUUCCUUUCCAGCGUCUAGUGCGUGAAAUCGCACAGGACUUCAAAACUGACCUGAGGUUCCAGAGUGCUGCCAUUGGGGCUCUGCAGGAAGCCAGUGAGGCAUACCUGGUUGGUCUGUUUGAGGACACCAACCUGUGUGCUAUCCAUGCCAAACGCGUUACCAUUAUGCCGAAGGACAUACAGCUGGCCCGCCGUAUCCGAGGGGAGCGUGCUUAAAAACGAAAGAGACAAAAAGAAAAAUCAUGUUUUACCGUGGGUCUUCUGUAUUAUUAGUAAAGGCUAUCUUUUUUUUUUCCUUAUUCAUAGUAGGCUACAUCAUCUGAGCAUAUAAUCUUGAUUGUUUCAAAAAAAGAGGUUUAGGUCUCCUGUAUUUGUAUGUCCCAAAAAAACUUUGUUGAAAUGUUAACUAACUUUCAGUGGUGUUUUUUGUAAAAUUUGUUUUUCAUACCAGCAAGCAAUUAAAAAAAGGGAGAAUUUAUACAAUACAAGGUUUUGUAACAAAACCCAAUUUACAACUCAGUACAGUGGGCAGGGAAGCACACGGACCUGCUUUCUAUUAGCAAUCUGUAAGAUAUUCAUACAGAUCACUAUGCAUUUUUGUGUGUGUUUUUUUCACUUAUAUUUGAUAAUUCUGCAUUCUAGGGAUAGGCAUAAUGAUUUUUUUUUCCUGUUUCAAUAUUAUGUGUCACAAAAUGUUUGAUUUUGAUCUUUGUAAUUUCAAAAUUUUCCCAUGAAAAAUAAUAUUAAAUAGAUACAGAAAAAGAAGUCCAGGAU